CAGCUGGGUGGACGACGUGGAAGUUGCUGGCCGACCUGGCUCGGAGGGAGUCGGCCUGGGCACCGGAGGCCCGGAGCAGCGGAGGUGGCGGCGUCCAGGCUCAACUAGGAGUCGCUCGCUGCCGACUGCCGGCCUGACUCAGAGGAUCGGCGAGGGCGCGGCGGUUGUUCACCAUGGGUGGCUUUUUCUCAAGUAUUUUUUCCAGUCUCUUUGGAACCAGGGAAAUGAGGAUAUUAAUUUUGGGAUUAGAUGGUGCUGGGAAAACAACAAUUCUGUACAGAUUACAGGUUGGAGAAGUUGUUACUACCAUUCCCACUAUUGGGUUUAACGUAGAGACGGUGACAUACAAGAACCUCAAAUUCCAAGUUUGGGACUUGGGAGGACAGACGAGUAUCAGGCCAUACUGGAGAUGUUACUACUCAAACACAGAUGCAGUCAUCUAUGUGGUUGACAGUUGUGACCGAGACCGAAUUGGCAUUUCCAAGUCAGAGUUAGUGGCCAUGUUGGAGGAAGAAGAGCUGAGGAAGGCCAUUUUAGUGGUGUUUGCAAAUAAGCAGGACAUGGAGCAGGCUAUGACACCCUCAGAGAUGGCAAAUGCGCUUGGGCUGCCAGCCCUGAAGGACCGAAAAUGGCAGAUAUUUAAAACGUCAGCAACCAAAGGCACCGGCCUUGACGAGGCCAUGGAAUGGUUAGUUGAAACACUGAAAAGCAGACAGUAAGCCCACUCAUCUGUGAAGCAAACACUGUCACACACUCAUUGGAAUCGGCCAGAUGUGCUUCGGCGACUUAGGACUGUGACUGCUGGCAUGUACAGAACUGACUCCAGGAUUUGUAAUAAAUAUAAAAAGCAAGUACUUGGCGAGAGGGUUAGCUUGAUUAUACCAUCCAAAUGGUCUGUGUAAUGUAAAAUAUUCUUCCUUGCUUUCUUGUGUUAAGGUAUAUAUUCUAUUUGUAUGGAAUUCUUACGCAAAUACAAUUCUAUUAAAGGAUGUAUACUCUUGGGCCUCCUA